AUAAAUUUACAACUUGCAUUAUAAUAGUUAUUUUCAAUUAACCAAUCAUGUUUAAUAUCUAUAUAGCAUUCACCAUAAUUUUAUCAUGUACUUAUGUAUGUGUGGCUAGAGUACCUAAUAAUAUCCACAAUGAUGUCAAACUAAAUAAGGCUGAAUCGUUUUCUUUCAAACUUGGACAAAAAGAGUAUACGGUAGUACCUCAAACAGACUUAAAUUUAAUGGAGACUUUACUCUACUGCAAUACCAUAGGACAACGAGCACUUACUAUUCAAUCUGAAGAAGAAAACAAUGCGUUGUUCAAUUUGCUAUAUCCGAAAUAUGACGAGAUGCAAUUCUGGACUUCAGGAUAUAAAACAAAUAAUGCAUGGUUCUGGCUGACUACUGGUGCAGCUGUAAAUCUAUCCAAAUGGACUACUGCUUUUCCAAAUGACGAUAUCAAUUAUAACAUGGUACUCACUUUACGAGAACCGGAACCGUCUGCUGACUCAUGGUGGGCAGUUGAUUCAGUAAAGAACACUAAUACUGUCAUCUGUGAAUCGUCCGUUUAAACAUUAAAUAAAUUAAUAUCCUAAAUACAUUUUUUAAUUAUACCUAAAAUUUCAUAUUAAAAACAAAU